GCCCCGAGCGGGGCUCGCCGCCUGCAGCAGCCGCAGCACCGCGACCUCGGGCCCCGUGAGGGCUAUGGCUGUGCCCUGGGGCUGAGCGCGCAGGCUGUGUGACAGAUUCCCGAGGAGAAAGACUGAGGAGAAGAGAGGAAGGAGGGGCGGGCUCCUGGCAAGGCAUUGGCUCCUGAAUUGAGUCCUGCAGAAGAUGGAAAAGGAGGAGGAGACGACCCGGGAGCUGCUGCUGCCCAACUGGCAGGGCAGCGGCUCCCACGGGCUGACCAUCGCCCAGAGGGACGACGGCGUCUUUGUGCAGGAGGUGAUGCAGAACUCCCCUGCGGCCCGCACUGGGGUGGUCAAGGAGGGGGACCAGAUUGUGGGUGCCACCAUCUACUUUGACAACCUGCAGUCAGGCGAGGUGACCCAGCUGCUGAACACCAUGGGGCACCACACCGUGGGCCUGAAGCUGCACCGCAAGGGGGACCGCUCCCCUGAGCCUGGCCAGACCUGGACCCAUGAAGUCUUCACCUCCCGCACCUCCGAAGUGGUUCUGAGCGGGGAUGAUGAGGAGUACCAGCGCAUCUACACCACGAAGAUCAAGCCUCGGCUGAAGUCGGAGGAUGGAGUGGAAGGGGAUCCUGGGGAGACCCAGAGCCGGACCAUCACGGUGACUAGAAGGGUCACGGCCUACACUGUGGAUGUGACGGGUCGGGAAGGAGCCAAGGACAUUGACAUCAGCAGCCCUGAGUUCAAGAUCAAGAUUCCACGGCAUGAACUGACGGAAAUCUCCACCGUGGGCGUGGAGACCCAGCCUGGGAAGACAGUGAUCAGAUUGCCCUCGGGCUCGGGGGCAGUGUCGCCAACCGCAGGCUCUGCUGUGGACAUCCGAGCAGGGUCCAUUUCUGCUUCGGGACCAGAGUUCCAAGGUGCUGGCCACUCGAAGCUCCAGGUCACCGUGCCUGGGAUAAAGGUGGGAAGCCCAGGUGUCAGUGUCAGUGCAAAGGGCUUUGAUUUGGGUGGCAAAGGAGGGGUCCAAGUUCCAGGAGUGGACAUUUCAUCUUCUCUUGGGGGUGGGGCAGUAGAGGUGCAGGGCUUAUCCCUUGAGAGUGGUAGUAAUGGGAAAAUUAAAAUUCCCACCAUGAAGAUGCCAAAAUUUGGUGUCUCAGCAGGACCUGUUGAGGGCCAGGCACCAGAGGCAGGGUUGAGUGUUUCUGCACCUGAAUUCUCUGUGGGGCACAAGGGCAGCAAGCCAGGCUUGACCAUCGACGGGAACAUCCAGGCUCCUCAGCUAGAAGUCAGUGCUCCCUCUCUCAGUGUUGAGGGGCUUGAGGGGAAGCUGAAGGGCCCCCAAAUCACUGGGCCAUCACUUGAGGGUAACCUAGGCCUGAAAGGUGCCAAGCCACAGGGGAGCAUAGGGGUGGACAUCUCUGCUCCCAAAAUCGAGGGCGGCAUCCCUUGCCCCAGUGUGGAAGUUCGAGCCCCUGACGUUGAUAUUCAUGGGCGUGGAGGCAAACUGAAUAUGCCCAAGAUAAAAGUCCCCAAAUUCUCUGCAUCAGGUUCUGAGAGAGAGGGAGCUGGCAUUGAUGUGACACUGCCCACAGGUGAAGUGACUCUUCCGGGGGUCUCUGGGGACAUCAGCCUGCCUGAGGUUGUUCCUGGGGGGCUGGAAGGGAAGAUAAAGGGUCCUAAAGUCAAGAGUCCUGAAAUGAUUGUUCAGAAACCUAAAAUCUCCAUGCAGGAUGUGGAUCUGAGCCUUGGGUCCCCUAAACUGAAAGGAGAUGUUCACAUUUCUGCUCCUGGGGUGCAAGGUGAUGUUAAAGGCCCUCAAGUGGCAGUUAAAGGCUCCAAAGUAGACAUCAAGACACCCAGCCUAGAGGGGACCCUGACAGGACCCAAGCUUAGUGGUCCUUCUGGGCAAACAGGAACCUGCAGGAUUUCUAUGGCAGAAGUAGACUUAAAUGUGGCUGCACCUAAAGUGAAAGGGGGUGUAGAUGUCGCAGUCCCAAAAGUAGAAGGGAAAGUCAGAGUCCCUGAAGUUGAUGUCAGAGGCCCCAAAGUGGAGGUCAGUGCCCCAGAUGUGGAUGUUCACGGCCCAGAAUGGAACCUGAAAAUGCCCAAGAUGAAAAUGCCCAAGUUCAGCACUCCAGGAAUCAAAGGAGAAGGCCCAGAUGUAGACGUGAAUCUACCCAAAGGAGAUAUCAGUAUUUCAGGGCCCAAGGUCAAUGUGGAAGCCCCAAAUGUCAACAUAGGGGACCUGGGGGGCAAACUUAAAGGCCCUGACAUUAAGCUGCCUGAAGUGAGUGUGAAGACACCAAAGAUCUCCAUGCCUGAUGUAGAUUUGCAUGUUAAAGGCACAAAAGUAAAAGGAGAGUGUGAUGUAACAGUACCAAAACUUGAAGGAGAACUGAAAGGCCCCCAGCUGGACAUUGAUGCACCAGAUGUGGAUGUUCACGGUCCAGACUGGCAUCUGAAAAUGCCUAAAAUGAAAAUGCCCAAAUUCAGUGUUCCGGGGUUCAAAGCAGAAGGCCCAGAAGUGGACGUGAACCUGCCCAAGCCUGAUGUGGACAUUUCCGGGCCCAGGGUAGAUGUUAGUGCUCCGGAUGUGAGCAUUGAGGGACCAGAAGGGAAAUUGAAAGGACCCAAGUUUAAGAUGCCUGAGAUGAAUAUCAAAACCCCCAAGAUCUCCAUGCCAGAUGUGGACUUACAUUUGAAAGGCCCUGGAGCAAGAGGAGAAUAUGACAUCACAGUGCCAAAGGUUGAAGGUGAGAUUAAAGUUUCUGAUGUUGAACUUAAAAGUGCCAAAAUGGACAUUGAUGCUCCAGAUGUGGAUGUUCAUGGCCCGGACUGGCACCUGAAGAUGCCCAAAGUGAAAAUGCCCAAGUUCAGCAUGCCUGGCUUCAAAGGAGAGGGCCCAGGAGUGGAUGUGAACCUGCCGAAAGCUGACAUUGACGUCUCAGGACCCAAGGUGGACGUUGAAGUUCCAGAUGUGAAUAUUGAAGGACUUGAAGGAAAACUGAAGGGUCCCAAGUUUAAGAUGCCUGAGAUGAAUAUCAAGGCCCCGAAGAUCUCCAUGCCUGAUAUGGAUUUGCAUAUGAAAGGUCCCAAGGUAAAGGGAGAAUCUGAUGUUACAGUGCCAAAGCUGGAAGGGGACCUGAAAGGGCCUCAAGUAGACGUCAGUGCCUCAGAUGUUGAAGUUCAUGGUCCUGAUUGGAACCUAAAGAUGCCCAAGAUGAAAAUGCCCAAAUUUACCAUGCCCAACCUCAAAGGAGAGGGCCCAGAAUUGGAUGUGAACUUACCCAAGGCCGAUGUGGACAUUUCUGCACCCAAGGUAGAUAUUAGUGCUCCAGAUCUGAGUCUUGAAGGACCAGAAGGGAAGUUGAAGGGUCCCAAGUUUAAGAUGCCUGAGAUGCACUUCAAAGCUCCUACGAUGAGUCUGCCAGAUGUUGACCUGGAUCUUAAAGGACCCAAAAUGAAAGGAAAUCUGGAUGUGUCUGCACCAAAGAUAGAAGGUGAGAUGAAAGUUCCAGAUGUGGACAUGAAAGGCCCUAAGGUAGAUAUUAAGGCACCAGAUGUGGAAGUUCAAGGUACAGACUGGAGCCUAAAAAUGCCCAAGAUGAAAAUGCCUAAAUUCAGCAUGCCCAGCUUCAAAGGUCAGGGCCCAGAUGUGGAUGUGAACCUGCCCAAAGCUGACAUUGACAUCACUGGACCCAAGGUUGACAUUGAAGCCCCAGAUGUGAGCCUUGAGGGACCAGAAGGGACGCUGAAGGGUCCCAAGUUUAAGAUGCCUGAGAUGAACUUCAAGGCCCCCAAGAUCUCCAUGCCUGAUGUAGACUUGCACUUGAAAGGCCCCAAAGUCAAAGGGGAUAUGGAUGUGUCUGUUCCCAAGAUAGAAGGUGAAAUGAAAGUGCCAGAUGUUGACAUCAAAGGGCCCAAAGUGGAUGUUGAUGUCCCAGAUGUGGACGUUCAUGGCCCGGACUGGCACUUGAAAAUGCCCAAGAUGAAAAUGCCCAAGUUCAGUGUGCCUGGCUUCAAAGCAGAGGGUCCAGAAGUGGAUGUGAACCUGCCCAAGGCUGAUAUUGAUGUCUCUGGACCCAAGGUUGAUAUUGAAGCCCCAGAUGUGAGCCUCGAGGGACCAGAAGGGAAGCUGAAGGGUCCCAAGUUUAAGAUGCCUGAGAUGCACUUCAAGGCUCCCAAGAUCUCCAUGCCUGAUGUGAACCUGAAUCUUAAGGGGCCAAGACUAAAGGGAGAUGCAGAUGUGUCUUUGCCUGAUGUAGAAGGUGACAUAAAAGUGCCAGAUGUUGACAUUAAAGGGCCCAAAGUUGACAUCAGUGCUCCAGAUGUUGAUGCUCAUGGCCCAGACUGGCACCUGAAGAUGCCCAAGGUGAAAAUGCCCAAGUUCAGCAUGCCUGGUUUCAAAGGAGAGGGCCCAGAAGUGGAUGUGAACCUGCCCAAGGCUGACAUUGAUGUCUCAGGACCCAAGGUGGACAUUGAUAUUCCAGAUGUGAACAUUGAGGGUCCAGAUGCAAAACUAAAAGGUCCUAAAUUUAAGAUGCCAGAAAUGAAUAUAAAGCCUCAAAAGAUAUCCAUGCCAGAUGUUGAUUUGCAUUUGAAAGGUCCUAAAAUGAAAGGAGAUUAUGAUGUUACAGUUCCAAAAGUAGAAGGAGAGAUAAAACCUCCUGAUGUUGACAUCAAAAGUCCUAAAGUGGACAUUAAUGCCCCAGAGGUGGGAGUUCAUGGCCCAGACUGGCACCUGAAGAUGCCCAAAGUGAAAAUGCCCAAGUUCAGCAUGCCUGGCUUCAAAGGAGAGGGCCCAGAAGUGGAUGUGAAUCUGCCCAAGGCUGACAUUGAUGUUUCAGGGCCCAAGGUGGACAUUGAUGCUCCAGAUGUGAGCAUCGAAGGUCCAGAGGGGAAACUAAAGGGUCCCAAAUUCAAGAUGCCAAGCAUGAGUAUACAGACACACAAAAUCUCUAUGCCUGAUGUUGGACUAAAUCUGAAAGCCCCUAAACUAAAAACUGAUGCAGAUGUUUCUCUUCCCAAAGUGGAAGGAGACUUGAAAGGUCCUGAAAUUGAUGUGAAAGCCCCUAAGAUGGAUGUGGAUGUUGGUGAUAUUGACAUUGAAUGUCCAGAAGGAAAGAUGAAAGGCCCCAAAUUUAAGAUGCCAGACAUGCACUUCAAGGCCCCCAAGAUCUCCAUGCCUGAUGUGGACUUACAUUUGAAAGGCCCCAAAGUCAGAGGGGAUGUGGAUGUGUCUGUUCCCAAGGUAGAAGGUGAAAUGAAAGUGCCAGAUGUUGACGUUAAAGGACCCAAAGUGGACAUUGAUGUCCCAGACGUGGACGUUCAUGGCCCAGACUGGCACCUGAAGAUGCCCAAGGUGAAAAUGCCCAAGUUCAGCAUGCCAGGCUUCAAAGGAGAGGGCCCAGAAGUGGAUGUGAACUUACCAAAGGCUGACAUUAAUGUUUCUGGCCCCAAAAUGGACAUUGAUGCUCCUGAUUUGGAUGUUGAGGGACCAGAAGGAAAAUUAAAAGGCUCUAAAUUUAAGAUGCCCAAGUUGAAUAUCAAAACUUCCAAAAUAUCUAUGCCAGAUGUGGACUUGAAUUUGAAGGGACCCAAACUGAAAGGAGAGAUAGAUGCUUCCGUGCCAGAACUAGAAGGUGAUCUCAGAGGUCCGCAAGUUGAUAUCAAAGGCCCCAGUGUGGAUGUGGAGGUGCCUGACGUUGAUCUGGAAUGUCCAGAUGCAAAGUUGAAAGGCCCCAAGUUUAAGAUGCCAGACAUGCACUUCAAGACCCCCAAGAUCUCCAUGCCUGAUGUACACUUGAAGGGCCCCAAAGUGAAAGGGAAUGUCGAUGUGUCGGUGCCAAAAUUGGAGGGAGAUUUGAAAGGCCCCAGUGUAGAUAUGGAGGUGCCUGAUGUUGAUCUGGAAUGUCCUGAUGCAAAGUUGAAAGGCCCCAAGUUUAAGAUGCCAGACAUGCAUUUCAAGGCCCCCAAGAUCUCCAUGCCUGAUGUGGACUUACACUUGAAAGGCCCCAAAGUCAAAGGGGAUAUGGACGUGUCUGUUCCUAAGAUAGAAGGUGAAAUGAAAGUGCCAGAUGUGGGCAUUAAAGGCCCCAAAGUUGACAUCGAUGCCCCAGAUGUGGAUGUUCAUGGCCCGGACUGGCACUUGAAAAUGCCCAAGAUGAAAAUGCCCAAGUUCAGCAUGCCUGGCUUCAAAGCAGAGGGCCCAGAAGUGGAUGUGAACCUGCCCAAGGCUGACAUUGACAUCUCUGGACCCAAGGUUGACGUUGAAGCCCCAGAUGUGAGCCUUGAGGGACCAGAAGCGAAGCUGAAGGGUCCCAAGUUUAAGAUGCCUGAGAUGCACUUCAAGGCCCCCAAGAUCUCCAUGCCUGAUGUCGACUUACACUUGAAAGGCCCCAAAGUCAAAGGGGAUAUGGAUGUGUCUGUGCCAAAAUUGGAAGGAGAUUUGAAAGGCCCCAGUGUGGAUGUGGAGGUGCCUGAUGUUGAUCUGGAAUGUCCUGAUGCAAAGUUGAAAGGCCCCAAGUUUAAGAUGCCAGACAUGCAUUUCAAGGCCCCCAAGAUCUCCAUGCCUGAUGUGGACUUACACUUGAAAGGCCCCAAAGUCAAAGGGGAUAUGGAUGUGUCUGUUCCCAAGGUAGAAGGUGAAAUGAAAGUGCCAGAUGUGGGCAUUAAAGGGCCCAAAGUUGACAUCGAUGCCCCAGAUGUGGAUGUUCAUGGCCCGGACUGGCACCUGAAAAUGCCCAAGAUGAAAAUGCCCAAGUUCAGCAUGCCUGGCUUCAAAGCAGAGGGCCCAGAAGUGGAUGUGAACCUGCCCACGGCUGACAUUGACAUCUCUGGACCCAAGGUUGACGUUGAAGCCCCAGAUGUGAGCCUUGAGGGACCAGAAGCGAAGCUGAAGGGUCCCAAGUUUAAGAUGCCUGAGAUGCACUUCAAGACCCCCAAGAUCUCCAUGCCUGAUGUAGACUUACACUUGAAAGGCCCCAAAGUCAAAGGGGAUAUGGAUGUGUCUGUGCCAAAAUUGGAAGGAGAUUUGAAAGGCCCCAGUGUGGAUGUGGAGGUGCCUGAUGUUGAUCUGGAAUGUCCUGAUGCAAAGUUGAAAGGCCCCAAGUUUAAGAUGCCAGACAUGCAUUUCAAGGCCCCCAAGAUCUCCAUGCCUGAUGUGGACUUACACUUGAAAGGCCCCAAAGUCAAAGGGGAUAUGGAUGUGUCUGUUCCCAAGGUAGAAGGUGAAAUGAAAGUGCCAGAUGUGGGCAUUAAAGGGCCCAAAGUUGACAUCGAUGCCCCAGAUGUGGAUGUUCAUGGCCCGGACUGGCACUUGAAAAUGCCCAAGAUGAAAAUGCCCAAGUUCAGCAUGCCUGGCUUCAAAGCAGAGGGCCCAGAAGUGGAUGUGAACCUGCCCAAGGCUGACAUUGACAUCUCUGGACCCAAGGUUGACAUUGAAGCCCCAGAUGUGAGCCUUGAGGGACCAGAAGGGAAGCUGAAGGGUCCCAAGUUUAAGAUGCCUGAGAUGCACUUCAAGACCCCCAAGAUCUCCAUGCCUGAUGUAGACUUACACUUGAAAGGCCCCAAAGUCAAAGGGGAUAUGGAUGUGUCUGUGCCAAAAUUGGAAGGAGAUUUGAAAGGCCCCAGUGUGGAUGUGGAGGUGCCUGAUGUUGAUCUGGAAUGUCCUGAUGCAAAGUUGAAAGGCCCCAAGUUUAAGAUGCCAGACAUGCAUUUCAAGGCCCCCAAGAUCUCCAUGCCUGAUGUGGACUUACACUUGAAAGGCCCCAAAGUCAAAGGGGAUAUGGACGUGUCUGUUCCUAAGAUAGAAGGUGAAAUGAAAGUGCCAGAUGUGGGCAUUAAAGGCCCCAAAGUUGACAUUGAUGCCCCAGAUGUGGAUGUUCAUGGCCCGGACUGGCACCUGAAAAUGCCCAAGAUGAAAAUGCCCAAGUUCAGCAUGCCUGGCUUCAAAGCAGAAGGCCCGGAAGUGGAUGUGAAUCUGCCCAAAGCUGACAUUGACAUCUCUGCACCCAAGGUUGACAUUGAAGCCCCAGAUGUGAACAUUGAGGGUCCAGAAGGAAAACUGAAAGGCCCUAAGUUCAAGAUGCCUGAAAUGCACUUUCAUGCCCCCAAGAUCUCUAUGCCUGAUGUUGAUUUCAACUUAAAGGGACCUAAAGUCAAAGGAGACUUUGAUGUUUCUGCCCCAAAGAUGGAAGGAGAGUUAAAGAGUCCAGAAUUGGGUGUCAAAGGCCCCAAAUUGGAUGUUGAUAUGCCAGAUGUAACUGUGGAAGGCCCAGAUGGCAAAUGGAAAAGUCCUAAAUUUAAGAUGCCAGACAUGCACUUUAAAGCUCCCAAAAUCUCCAUGCCAGACAUUGAUCUACACUUAAAAAGCCCCAAGAUAAAGGGAGAGGUGGAUGUAGAUGUUCCAAAAUUGGAAGGUGGCCUCAAAGGGCCAGACCUCAAGGGUGACAUCAGUGGACCAGAUAUCGACAUUGAAGGACCAGAGGGCAAAUUAAAAGGACCCAAGUUCAAGAUGCCUGAGAUGAACAUCAAAGCCCCCAAGAUCUCCAUGCCUGAUUUAGAUUUGCACUUGAAAGGUCCUAAGGUCAAAGGAGAUGUGGAUGUUUCCCUGCCUAAGGUGGAAGGUGACCUAAAAGGCCCCAAAGUGGACAUUGAUGCCCCAGAUGUAGAUGUUCAAGGCCCAGACUGGCACCUGAAGAUGCCCAAGAUGAAAAUGCCCAAGUUCAGCAUGCCAGGCUUUAAAGGAGAAGGCCCAGAUGUGGAUGUGAAGCUGCCCAAGGCUGACGUUGAUGUCUCAGCCCCCAAAGGGGACAUUGAGGGCCCUGAUGUUAACAUUGAAGGACCAGAGGGAAAGUUGAAAGGUCCCAAGUUCAAGAUGCCUGAGAUGAACAUCAAAGCCCCCAAGAUCUCCAUGCCUGACAUUGAUUUGCACCUGAAAGGUCCUAAGGUGAAAGGAGAUAUGGAUGUUUCCCUGCCUAAGGUGGAAGGGGAUGUAAAGGCUCCUGAAGUUGACAUCAAAAGCCCCAAGGUGGACAUUGAUGCCCCAGAUGUGGAUGUCCAUGGCCCAGACUGGCACCUGAAGAUGCCCAAGAUAAAAAUGCCCAAGAUCAGCAUGCCAGGCUUCAAAGGAGAGGGCCCUGAUGUGGAUGUGAACCUGCCCAAGGCUGACAUUGAUGUCACUGGACCCAAGGUGGACAUUGAAGGCCCCGAUGUUAAUAUUGAAGGACCAGAAGGAAAGUUGAAAGGUCCUAAGUUCAAGAUGCCUGAGAUGAACAUCAAAGCCCCCAAGAUCUCCAUGCCUGACUUUGAUUUGCAUCUGAAAGGUCCCAAGGUAAAGGGCGAUGUGGAUGUUUCUCUGCCCAAAGUUGAAGGUGACCUCAAGGGCCCUGAAGUUGACAUCAAAGGGCCCAAAGUGGACACUGAUGUUCAUGGCCCGGACUGGCACCUGAAGAUGCCCAAGGUGAAAAUGCCCAAGUUCAGCAUGCCUGGCUUCAAAGGAGAGGGCCCAGAAGUGGAUGUGAACCUGCCCAAGGCCGACAUUGAUGUCUCAGGGCCCAAGGUGGACAUUGAUGUUCCAGACGUGAAUAUCGAAGGUCCAGAUGCGAAACUGAAGGGCCCCAAGUUCAAGAUGCCAGAGAUGAACAUCAAAGCUCCUAAGAUCUCCAUGCCCGACAUUGACUUAAACCUGAAAGGUCCCAAAAUAAAGGGCGAUGUGGAUGUUUCUCUGCCGAAGGUGGAAGGUGACCUCAAGGGCCCUGAAGUUGACAUUAAAGGGCCCAAAGUGGACCUUGAUGCCCCUGAUGUGGAUGUUCAUGGCCCAGACUGGCACUUGAAGAUGCCCAAGGUGAAAAUGCCCAAGUUCAGCAUGCCUGGCUUCAAAGGAGAGGGCCCAGAAGUGGAUGUGAGUCUUCCCAAGGCUGAUAUUGAUGUCUCAGGGCCCAAGGUGGACAUUGAUGUUCCAGAUGUGAAUAUUGAAGGACCAGAUGCAAAACUGAAGGGCCCUAAGUUCAAAAUGCCAGAGAUGAACAUCAAAGCUCCUAAAAUAUCGAUGCCUGAUUUGGACUUUAAAGGCCCUAAAGUGAAAGGAGAGGUGGAUGUUUCACUUCCAAAUGUAGAAGGUGAUUUGAAAGGCCCUACUCUUGACAUCAAGGGCCCAAAGAUAGAUGUAGAUGCUCCAGAUAUUGACAUUCAUGGCCCAGAAGGCAAAUUAAAAGGUCCCAAACUGAAGAUGCCUGACAUGCAUGUAAACGUGCCCAAGAUCUCCAUGCCAGAAAUUGACCUGAAUUUAAAAGGCUCAAAGCUUAAGGGAGAUAUUGAAGUUUGUGGGCCCAAAUUGGAAGGUGACAUUAAAGCUCCCAAGUUGGAUGUAAAGGGCCCAGAAGUGGACAUUUCUGGUCCUAAGCUCAAUGUUGAAGGCAAGGCAAAGAAAUCUCGUUUUAAGCUUCCCAAAUUCAAUUUUUCGGGCUCCAAAGUUCAGACACCUGAGGUGGAUGUCAAAGUUAAAAAGCCAGAUAUUGAUGUAACAGGUCCAAAAGUUGAUAUUAAUGCUCCUGAUGUUGAGGUCCAAGGAAAAGUGAAAGGAUCCAAGUUCAAAAUGCCUUUCCUGAGUAUUUCAUCUCCUAAAGUUUCUAUGCCUGAUGUGGAGUUAAAUCUGAAAAGUCCUAAAGUCAAAGGAGACUUAGAUGUUGCAGUGCCUAAUCUAGAAGGUGACUUUAAAGGACCCAAAGUGGACAUUAAGGCACCAGAAGUUCAUCUUGAUGCACCUGAUGUGGAUGUUCAUGGUCCAGACUGGAAUUUGAAAAUGCCCAAAAUGAAAAUGCCCAAGUUCAGCGUGCCUGGCUUAAAAGCAGAAGGGCCCGAUAUGGCUGUGGGUCUUCCAAAAGGAGAUGUCAACAUAGAGGGUCCCAGAAUGGACAUUGGGGGCCCAGAAAUCAAUGUGGAAGGUCCAGAAGGAGGCUUCAAAGGUCCCAAACUCAAGAUGCCCGACAUGAAUAUCAAAGCUCCCAAGAUCUCUAUGCCUGACAUUGAUUUAAACCUCAAGGGCCCCAAGGUGAAAGGUGAUGUGGAUGUUUCUCUGCCCAAAGUUGAAGGGGAUCUGAAAGGGCCAGAGGUUGAUAUCAAAGGCCCCAAAGUGGACAUUGAUGCCCCUGAUGUGGAUGUCCAUGGCCCAGACUGGCACCUGAAGAUGCCCAAGGUGAAACUGCCCAAGUUCAGCAUGCCUGGCUUCAAAGGAGAGGGCCCAGAAGUGGAUGUGAACCUGCCCAAGGCUGACAUUGAUAUCUCAGCACCCAAAGUGGACAUUGAAGGCCCUGAUGUUAACAUUGAAGGACCAGAGGGAAAGUUGAAAGGUCCCAAGUUCAAGAUGCCAGAGAUGAACAUCAAAGCCCCUAAGAUCUCCAUGCCGGACUUUGAUCUGAACCUGAAGGGCCCCAAAAUGAAAGGCGAUGUGGACAUCUCUUUGCCGAAAAUGGAAGGUGACCUCAAGGGCCCAGAGGUGGACAUCAAGGGCCCCAAAGUGGACAUUGACACUCCUGAUAUUAACAUUGAAGGCCCAGAGGGGAAAUUGAAGGGGCCCAAAUUCAAGAUGCCAGAGAUGCACCUAAAGGCUCCAAAGAUCUCCAUGCCUGACAUUGAUUUAAACCUGAAGGGCCCCACGGUGAAGGGUGAUGUUGAUGUUUCCCUUCCCAAGAUUGAAGGGGAUCUGAAAGGCCCUGAAGUUGACAUCAAAGGUCCCAAAGCGGACAUUGAUGCCCCAGAUGUGGAUGUCCAUGGCCCAGACUGGCACCUGAAGAUGCCCAAGAUAAAGAUGCCCAAGAUCAGCAUGCCAGGCUUCAAAGGAGAGGGCCCUGAUGUGGAUGUGAACCUGCCCAAGGCUGACAUUGAUGUCACUGGACCCAAGGUGGACAUUGAAGGCCCCGAUGUUAAUAUUGAAGGACCAGAAGGAAAGUUGAAAGGUCCUAAGUUCAAGAUGCCUGAGAUGAACAUCAAAGCCCCCAAGAUCUCCAUGCCUGACUUUGAUUUGCACCUGAAAGGUCCUAAGGUGAAAGGAGAUAUGGAUGUUUCCCUGCCUAAGGUGGAAGGGGACGUAAAAGUCCCUGAAGUUGACAUCAAAGGCCCCAAAGUGGACAUUGAUGCCCCAGAUGUGGAUGUUCAUGGCCCAGACUGGCACCUGAAGAUGCCCAAGAUAAAAAUGCCCAAGAUCAGCAUGCCAGGCUUCAAAGGAGAGGGCCCUGAUGUGGAUGUGAACCUCCCCAAGGCUGACAUUGAUGUCUCAGCACCCAAGGUGGAUGUUGAAGUUCCAGAUGUGAAUAUCGAAGGUCCAGAUGCGAAACUGAAGGGCCCCAAGUUCAAGAUGCCAGAGAUGAACAUCAAAGCCCCCAAGAUCUCCAUGCCUGACAUUGAUUUGCACCUGAAAGGUCCUAAGGUGAAAGGAGAUAUGGAUGUUUCCCUGCCUAAGGUGGAAGGAGACCUAAAGCCUCCUGAAAUUGACAUCAAAGGGCCCAAAGUGGACCUUGAUGCCCCUGAUGUGGAUGUUCAUGGCCCAGACUGGCACCUGAAGAUGCCCAAGGUGAAAAUGCCGAAGUUCAGCAUGCCUGGCUUUAAAGGAGAGGGCCCAGAAGUGGAUGUGAAACUGCCCAAAGCUGACAUUGAUGUCUCAGGACCCAAGGUGGACAUAGACACUCCUGACAUUGACAUUCAUGGUCCAGAAGGGAAACUGAAGGGCCCCAAGUUUAAAAUGCCUGACCUGCACCUCAAGGCACCCAAGAUCUCCAUGCCUGAAGUCGACCUGAAUCUUAAGGGUCCCAAGGUAAAGGGUGAUGUGGACGUUUCUCUGCCCAAAGUUGAAGGUGACCUCAAGGGUCCUGAAGUUGACAUCAAAGGGCCCAAAGUGGACAUUGAUGUCCCAGAUGUGGACGUUCAUGGCCCAGACUGGCACUUGAAGAUGCCCAAGGUGAAAAUGCCCAAGUUCAGCAUGCCUGGCUUCAAAGGAGAGGGCCCAGAAGUGGAUGUGAACCUGCCCAAGGCCGACAUUGAUGUCUCAGGGCCCAAGGUGGACAUUGAUGUUCCAGAUGUGAACAUAGAAGGUCCAGAUGCAAAACUGAAGGGCCCCAAGUUCAAGAUGCCAGAGAUGAACAUCAAAGCUCCUAAGAUCUCCAUGCCCGACAUUGACUUAAACCUGAAAAGUCCCAAAGUAAAGGGCGAUGUGGAUGUUUCUCUGCCGAAGGUGGAAGGUGACCUCAAGGGCCCUGAAGUUGACAUCAAAGGGCCCAAAGUGGACAUUGAUGUCCCAGACGUGGACGUUCAUGGCCCAGACUGGCACUUGAAGAUGCCCAAGGUGAAAAUGCCCAAGUUCAGCAUGCCUGGCUUCAAAGGAGAGGGCCCAGAAGUGGAUGUGAACCUACCCAAGGCUGGCAUUGAUGUUUCAGGGCCCAAGGUGGACAUUGAUGUUCCAGAUGUGAAUAUCGAAGGUCCAGAUGCAAAACUGAAGGGCCCUAAGUUCAAGAUGCCGGAUAUGAACAUCAAAGCCCCCAAAAUCUCCAUGCCUGACCUUGACUUUAACCUGAAGGGCCCCAAAAUGAAGGGUGAUGUGGAUGUCUCUUUGCCUAAAGUGGAAGGUGACCUCAAGGGCCCUGAGGUAGACAUCAAGGGCCCUAAAUUGGACAUUGACACUCCUGAUAUCAAUGUUGAAGGUCCAGAAGGAAAAUUGAAGGGACCCAAAUUUAAAAUGCCAGAGAUGCACAUUAAAGCCCCCAAGAUCUCCAUGCCUGACUUUGACUUAAAUCUGAAAGGGCCAAAGGUAAAGGGGGAUGUGGACCUUUCGCUACCUAAGAUGCAAGGUGAUCUGAAAGGGCCAGAGGUGGACAUUGAAGGUCCUGAAGGGAAACUCAAAGGUCCCAAAUUUAAGAUGCCUGAUGUCCAUUUCAAAACCCCACAAAUCUCCAUGAGUGACAUUGAUUUGAACUUGAAAGGACCUAAAGUAAAAGGAGAUUUGGAUGUUUCCAUUCCUAAACUGGAAGGAGAUCUGAAAGGCCCCAAAGUGGAUGUUAAAGGCCCUAAGCUGGACAUAGACACUCCUGAUAUUGACAUUCAUGGUCCAGAAGGGAAACUGAAGGGCCCCAAGUUUAAAAUGCCUGACCUGCACCUCAAGGCACCCAAGAUCUCCAUGCCUGAAGUCGACCUGAAUCUCAAGGGUCCCAAGGUAAAGGGCGACGUGGAUGUUUCCCUGCCGAAGGUGGAAGGUGACCUCAAGGGCCCUGAAGUUGAUAUCAAAGGGCCCAAAGUGGACCUUGAUGCCCCCGAUGUGGACAUUCAUGGCCCAGACUGGCACUUGAAGAUGCCCAAGGUGAAAAUGCCCAAGUUCAGCAUGCCUGGCUUCAAAGGAGAGGGCCCAGAAGUGGAUGUGAACCUGCCCAAGGCCGACAUUGAUGUUUCAGGACCCAAGGUAGACAUUGAUGUUCCAGAUGUGAAUAUUGAAGGUCCAGAUGCGAAACUGAAGGGCCCUAAGUUCAAGAUGCCAGAGAUGAACAUCAAAGCUCCUAAGAUCUCCAUGCCCGACAUUGACUUAAACCUGAAAGGUCCCAAAGUAAAGGGCGAUGUGGAUGUUUCUCUGCCGAAGGUGGAAGGUGACCUCAAGGGCCCUGAAGUUGACAUCAAAGGGCCCAAAGUGGACAUUGAUGUCCCAGACGUGGACGUUCAUGGCCCAGACUGGCACUUGAAGAUGCCCAAGGUGAAAAUGCCCAAGUUCAGCAUGCCUGGCUUCAAAGGAGAGGGCCCAGAAGUGGAUGUGAACCUGCCCAAGGCUGACAUUGAUGUCUCAGGGCCCAAGGUGGACAUUGAUGUUCCAGAUGUGAAUAUCGAAGGUCCAGAUGCAAAACUGAAGGGCCCCAAGUUUAAGAUGCCUGAGAUGAACAUCAAAGCCCCCAAAAUCUCCAAGCCUGAUGUUGACCUAGAUUUGAAAGGACCCAAAAUCAAAGGAGGUUUUGAUGUGUCUGUCCCUAAGAUUGAAGGUGCUUUCAAAGGCCCAGAAGUAGACCUUAAAGGUCCAGGUCUGGAUUUUGAAGGCCCUGAUGCCAAACUCAGUGGCCCAAAUUUGAAGAUUCCAUCAUUGGAUAUAUCUGCUCCUAAAGUGACUGCUCCUGAUAUUGAUUUGCACCUCAAGACACCCAAAAUUGGAGUUUCUGGUCCCAAGUUAGAAGGUGGUGAACUGGACCUCAAGGGGCCCAAGGUUGAUUUAGAAGCUCCAAGCUUAGAUGUACACAUGGAAAGCCCAGAUAUUAACAUCGAGGGACCCGAUGUUAAAAUUCCCAAAUUUAAGAAACCCAAGUUUGGAUUUGGGGCAAAAAGCCCUAAAGCUGACUUGAAGUCACCUUCACUCGAUGUGACUGUCCCUGAGGCUGAGCUGAAUGUUGAGACUCCUGAAAUUAGUGUUGGUGCCAAGGGCAAGAAAAGUAAGUUUAAAAUGCCUAAAAUUCACAUGAGUGGUCCUAAAAUUAAGGCCAAAAAACAGGGAUUUGAUUUGAAUGUUCCUGGGGGCGAAAUUGAUGCCAGUCUCAAGACUCCUGAUAUAGAUGUCAAUGUUUCAGGGCCGGAUGCCACACUUAAAGCUGAUGUGAAAUCUCCCAAAACCAAGAAACCUAUGUUUGGAAAAAUGUACUUCCCAGAUGUGGAAUUUGACAUUAAAUCACCUAAAUUUAAAGCUGAAGCCCCCCUCCCUACCCCCAAAAUGGAGGGUGAAAUCCAGGCACCUCAUGUGGAUAUUUCUUCACCAGGGAUUAAUGUGGAAGGUCCUGACAUGAAGCUGAAGGCUCCUAAGUUCAAAGUGCCAAGUGUGGAUGUUUCAGGGCCAAAAGUAGAGGGUGACUUGAAAGGCCCCAGAGUGCAGGCAAACUUGGACGCACCUGACAUCAACAUUGAAGGCCCAGAUGCUAAAGUCAAAGCAUUCGGCAUUUCUGCCCCUCAAGUCUCCAUCCCUGAUGUGAAUGUUAGCUUGAAAGGACCAAAGAUAAAGGGUGAUGUCCCCAGAGUGGACCUGGAAGGACCAGAUGUAGAUCUGCAAGGUCCAGAAUCGAAAAUCAAGUUCCCCAAGUUUUCAAUGCCCAAGAUCGGCGUCCCUGGUGUGAAAAUGGAGGGUGGGGGAGCUGAGGUCCAUGCCCAGCUGCCCUAUCUUGAAGGAGGCUUGAGCGCACCAGAUGUUAAGCUUGAAGGCCCUGACGUGUCUCUGAAGGGGCCAAAAGUAGACUUGCCUUCAGUGAACCUGUCUAUGCCAAAAGUCUCUGGACCUGACCUUGACCUGAACUUGAAAGGACCAAGUUUGAAGGGAGACCUGGAUGCAUCUGUUCCCAGCAUGAAGGUGCACGCUCCAGGGCUUGACCUCAGAGGUGUCGGUGGAAAGGUGAAGAUGGAAGGAGACGGUGUGAAAGUGCCGGGGAUUGAUGCCACGACAGGGUUUAACGUUGGGGUACCAGAUGUGACCCUGAAGGGACCAAGCCUGCAGGGAGACCUGGCUGUCUCUGGUGACAUCAAGGGCCCUAAAGUAUCAGUAGGUGCUCCUGAUCUAAGCUUGGAGGCAUCUGAAGGUGGUAUUAAACUUCCCCAAAUGAAGCUGCCCCAGUUUGGCAUCUCCACUCCAGGGUCUGACUUGGACGUUAACGUCAAGGGGCCACAGGUUACUGGAGAACUAAAGGGGCCAGGCAUGAAUGUGAACCUGGGAGGCCUGAACCUGAAGGGGCCUCAGAUCUCUGGCCCUCAAAUCUCAGCACCAGAUGUGGACUUGAACUUGGAAGGACCAAAAGUAAAAGGGAGCCUUGGGGUCACUGGUGAGUUGAAAGGCCCCACUGUUGGAGGAGGUCUUCCAGGCAUCAGUGUUCAGGGCCUAGAAGGAGACUUUCAAAUGCCUGGAAUUAAGUCCUCUGGAUGUGGUGUGGAGCUGCCAGGUGUGAAUGUGAAACUCCCAACCGGGCAAAUUUCUGGUCCUGAAAUCAAAGGCGAUCUGAAAGGUUUCCAUGGGGCUGCUCCUGACAUUAGCGUGAAGGGGCCUUCAUUUAAUGUGGCAUCUCCUGAGUCUGAUUUCGGUGUCAGCUUGAAGGGCCCCAAAAUCAAAGGAGGUGUGGAUGUUUCAGGGGGUGUCAGUGCCCCAGAUAUCAGCCUGGGCGAAGGGCAUAUGAGUGUCAAAGGUUCCGGGGGUGAGUGGAAAGGACCCCAGGUCUCCUCCGCUCUCAACCUGGAUGCACCUAAGUUCGCUGGGGGACUUCAUUUCUCAGGACCAAAGGGAGAAGGAGGUGUGAAAGGAGGCCAGAUUGGACUCCAGGGUCCUGGGCUGAGCGUCUCUGGGCCUCAAGGUCCCAUGGGAAGCGGAUCUGGAAAAGUAACAUUCCCCAAGAUGAAGAUCCCCAAAUUCACCUUCUCUGGCCGUGAGCUGGUUGGCAGAGAAGUGGGGGUGGAUAUCGGCUUUCCUAAAGCAGAGGCCAGUGUCCAGUCUGGUGCCGGAGAGGGCGAGUGGGAAGAGUCCGACGUAAAACUUAAAAAGUCCAAAAUCAAAAUGCCCAAGUUCAAUUUUUCCAAACCUAAAGGGAAAGGUGGUGUCACUGGCUCACCAGAAGCAUCCAUUUCGGGGUCCAAAGGUGACCUGAAGAGCUCCAAGGCCAGCCUAGGUUCUCUGGAAGGAGAGGCAGAGGCCGAAACAUCUUCGCCUAAAGGCAAAUUCUCCUUAUUUAAAAGCAAGAAGCCACGGCACCGCUCGAAUUCCUUCAGUGACGAGAGGGAGCUCUCUGCACCUUCCACCCCGCCUGGGACUUUGGAGUUUGAAGGUGGAGAAGUGUCUCUGGAAGGUGGGAAAGUCAAAGGGAAACAGGGGAAGCUGAAAUUUGGUACCUUUGGUGGAUUGGGGUCAAAGAGCAAAGGUCAUUAUGAGGUGACUGGGAGUGAUGAUGAGACAGGCAAGUUACAGGGGAGUGGAGUGUCCCUGGCCUCUAAGAAGUCCCGACUGUCAUCUUCUUCUAGCAAUGACAGUGGGACUAAGGUUGGCAUCCAGCUUCCCGAGGUGGAGCUGGCCGUUUCCACUAAGAAAGAGUAGCCGGCCUUUGUGUGUGUACAUAUAUGUAUAAAAAGACAUCAGCCUUGGGUGUGUUUGUAUAUAAACUCCAAAGAGAAACACGCCAACAGCCUCAGCAGUAAUGCAAAGAUCUGGCCUCGGCCAGUACCAGGCGCAGACCGCCUUUAGGCUCCCGGAGCUUUCCAGAUAGGUAAAGAGUUCCAAGUUCGUCCAGCCCAUGUGCAAAAUCAACAGUAUUUGCCUUAAGAUUUCAGUUUUUUGCAUUGAAUGCUGAGAGCUCCUGUUUACUAAGCAAGCUUUUGUGUUUAUUAUCUUCAUUUUUACUGAACAUUGUUAGUGUCGGGAUAAUGGAAACCCACUUUUUCAUUGUAAUGACUUUUGGGGCUUUUGUUAGUAAGGGUGGGGUGGGGUAGAAGGCAGUAGAGGGGGCCAGACCUCCAUUUCUCCUAAGAUUGGAUCUACUCAAACAGCAAACACCCAAAGACGACCGAGAGGAGCUGGCAGGCAGGGCGUGUGGGUGUUUUUAGAACUCUUUAGCAUCGCCUUUUCUCCAGGGGUGGCGGUCACAGCCAGUUUGGUGAGAGGGAAUUAGAAUAUCUUUGUAAAUUGGCCAACCCACCAGCUCACCACGAGGGGCUUCCAUUUUGUGAACUGUAAGAGAAAUGUUUUCUUCUUGACUGCCGUGCUCCUGAUAUUCUGAUUUCUUUUAACAAAUGUUAUCGUGAUUAAGAAAUUUUCCAGCACUUUAAUGGCAAAUUAAUUAAGAAUGUAAGAAAAAUGGAUGCUGUCAAAGGCAAAUAAAGCUGUUCAUUAACCCUGA